CACCCUCUGCCCUGGGAAGGCCACGGCGGUUCACCCCGCUGCCUACACGCCCCCUUACUGCGUCUGCUGUGUCCGUCAGUCCCGCCUCCCUCACAGAGAAGAGGGGCCCGGGGGCCGGCACAGGAGAGCAGGGUGCAGACCCGAGUUCACAGCCAGCCCUGUCCUCACGAGCUGUGUGGCCUCGGGCAGGCGGGCGGCCUCUCUGAGCUCCCUUUUCCGCAGCCACAAAAUAGGGUGAAUUAGGCAGAGCCCAGCGUUGUGAGAAGGUCACAUGUCAACAGCAUGUCAGUAGCUCGGCCGUCUCAAGGGCAGGCCCCGGCCCCCACCUCUCCUGACAGGGUGACCCGAGCAGGGACUACCACCUGUGCCUCAGUUUCCCCACCUGUGACACGGUCCCAUCUGUCAUCCCAGCACCUAGCGCCAAGGGCAAUUGCACGGAGCCACGAGGGGCUGCUGGGCUCACACGGGGCCCGAACACGCCGGGCGCUCGGUGGCCAGCAGACAUUCUGUCAGGGUCUCCGGCCGCAGGUGACACCCGUGACCGGAAGCACUCGAGGGCCACGCUCAGAAUUUGUCAGCGAGUGGCUGCAGUCGGGACAGGCCCGACUUUACGGCGGCGGCAGCCCGCAGGCUCUGAGCAAGAGGCGGCGGGACGUCCGGGUGCGUUAUUCACGGCCCGCAAGGCUGUCGUCUUAGCUGCCGUGGCGGGACGCGCCCGGCCCGGCCCUGGUGGCCAGCGUGUCCCCUGAGCCUCAGCGCUGCCGGGGCGCGUGAUCCACACCCCCGGGGAGAGGGGCUGGCGGGCUCCGCGUCCCGGCACGACCCCCGCCCAGGGCGCAGGGCCGCGGGAGCCGCAGGGGUGCUUGUGUGUGCCCCCAAACCUCAGCUGGGGACACGUGUGCGGUCUAAGUUAGUAACACAGCUGUUGUGGCACUGAAAGCACUUGUGGCCGGGGGUUAUUUUCGGCGUCUCUUUAGCAAGUUGCUGAGACUGCCCGGCAGCCCGCGGGAGGGAACACGGGCGAGCGAGGGUGAGCGGGCCGCCGGGAGGACCCAGGCGCCGAGGGCAAGCUGUAAUGAACGGCACCCACUCGCCGACGGCCGUCAACGGUGCGCCGUCCACACCCAGUGGCUUCAGCAAUGGCCCGGCCACCUCGUCCACCGCCUCCCUGUCCACGCAGCACCUGCCCCCGGCCUGCGGGGCGCGGCAGCUCAGCAAGCUGAAACGCUUCCUCACCACCCUGCAGCAGUUCGGCAGUGACAUCUCCCCGGAGAUCGGGGAGCGCGUGCGCACGCUGGUGCUGGGGCUCGUGAACUCCACGCUGACCAUCGAGGAGUUCCAUUCCAAGCUCCAAGAGGCCACCAACUUCCCUCUGCGUCCGUUCGUCAUCCCCUUCCUAAAGGCUAACCUUCCCCUGCUGCAGAGGGAGCUCCUGCACUGUGCCCGCCUGGCCAAGCAGACCCCCGCCCAGUACCUGGCCCAGCAUGAGCAGCUCCUGCUGGACGCCAACGCCUCCUCCCCCAUCGACUCCUCGGAGCUCCUUCUGGAGGUCAACGAGAACGGCAAGAGAAGGACGCCUGACCGGACCAAAGAGAAUGGGUCAGACCGUGACCCGCUGCACCCCGACCACGUCAGCAAACGGCCGUGCACCCUGAGCCCCGCCCAGCGCUACAGCCCCAGCCACGGGCCGCCCCAGCCCACGCCGCCGCCGCCGCACUACCGCCUGGAGGACAUGGCCAUGGCCCACCACUUCCGUGACCCCUACCGCCAUCACGAGCCCCGGGAGCUGCGGGAGCGCCAUCGGCAGCUUGCGGUACACGGGUCCCGGCAGGAGGAAGUGAUCGACCACCGCCUCACGGAGCGGGAGUGGGCAGAGGAGUGGAAGCACCUGAACAACCUGCUGAACUGCAUCAUGGACAUGGCUGAGAAGACUCGACGGUCGCUCACCGUGCUGCGUCAGUGCCAAGAGGCCGACCGCGAGGAGAUCAACCACUGGAUCCGGCGCUACAGCGACACCGAGGACGCCAAGAAGGGCCCCGUGCCUGCCACCGCCCGGCCCCUCAACAGUUCCAUGGGUGCAGAGGGGUCUCAGCUAGACGCCCACCGGGAGUUCAUGCCCAGGACCCUCUCUGGCUACAUGCCCGAGGAGAUCUGGAGGAAGGCUGAAGAGGCCGUGAAUGAGGUGAAGCGGCAGGCGAUGUCGGAGCUGCAGAAGGCGGUGUCGGACGCGGAGCGAAAGGCCCACGAGCUCAUCAGCACAGAGCGCGCCAAGAUGGAGAGGGCCCUGGCAGAGGCCCGGCGGCAGGCCUCGGAAGACGCCCUGACUGUCAUCAACCAGCAGGAGGACUCCAGCGAGAGCUGCUGGAACUGCGGGCGCAAGGCCAGUGAGACCUGCAGCGGCUGCAACGCGGCGCGCUACUGUGGUUCCUUCUGCCAGCACAAGGACUGGGAGAAGCACCACCACGUGUGCGGCCAGAGCCUGCAGGGCCCCGUGGCCGCCGUGGCCGACCCGGGGCCUGGACAGCCCGACGCCACCGCCGGCCUGGGCCCCUGCCUGCCCACGGGCGCCGCCAGCCCCAGCGAGGCCAGCUCCGCGGGGCCCUCCCGCCCCGGCUCCCCCGGCCCGCCCGGACCCCUGGACGCCGCGCCCCGCUGACCCCCAGACCCCGCCGCCCGGCCCCCCACCCCCC